GAGGAAAUUGAUGUUUUAGCUAAGCAAGGUACUUGGACUCUUGUUCCACUUCAACCUGAUAUAAAUCUAGUAAGCUGCAAAUGGAUCUUCAAAGUCAAAAGAAACUCUGAUGGCUCUAUUGCUAGGCAAAAGGCCAGAUUGGUGGCCAGGGGCUUUAGUCAAGAAGAAGGCAUUGAUUAUGAAGAAACAUUCAGCCCUAUUGUGAGGCACACAACUGUGAGACUUGUCUUGGCAAUGGCAGCUCCGUUUAACUGGAAAUUACAUCAACUAGAUGUCAAAAAUGCCUUCCUGCAUGGUAUUCUGAAAGAAGAAGUCUACAUGUCACAACCUCCUGGUUUUGAGGAUUCUCAGUUUCCAAAUCAUGUUUGCAAACUUAAAAAGUCUUUAUAUGGCCUCAAACAGGCACCAAGGGCUUGGAAUGAGAGGUUUACAUCUUAUCUACCUCAACUUGGUUUCAAAUCCUCUAUUGUUGAUCCAUCCUUAUUCAUUAGAGAUUUUGGCUCCACUCAGGUGUAUCUUUUGUUAUACGUGGAUGACAUCAUCCUCACUGGUAAUAGCUCCUCUUCCAUUCAACAUGUCAAAGAUGCACUUCAGUCAGAGUUUGAUAUGAAGGACUUAGGUCUACUGCACUAUUUUUUGGGCUUACAGAUCACAUAUCUUCCAAAUGGACUUUUUAUUUCUCAAGCCAAAUAUGCACAGGAUAUAUUGGACAAGGCUGGAAUGUCUGACUGCAAUGCUAGCAUCACUCCAUGCUUACCAUAUUCCAAAUUGUUAAAAGAUGAAGGAGCUCCAUUUACUGAUGUCAAGACAUAUAGGAGCAUUGUUGGUUGCUUGCAGUACUUGACUUUCACAAGACCUGAUAUUACUUACAGUGUGAACUCUGUAUGUCAGUUUAUGCAGUCCCCAACUGCGCUUCACUUUCUAGCUGUGAAACGUAUUCUCAGAUACAUCAAGGGUACCUUAGAUUAUGGGAUCACUUUCCGGGCAGCACCACUUGAAUUAAGGGCCUACAUUGACUCGGAUUGGGCUGGUGAUCCAAAUGACAGAAGAAGCACUACUGGCUUUGUUAUCUUCCUUGGUAAUUGUCCAAUUUCUUGGUGUUCCAGAAAGCAAACAUCAGUCUCUCGUUCUUCUACUGAGGCCGAGUAUAGGGCCAUGGCUGAUACUGCCUCUGAGGUUCUCUGGUUAAGGCAUUUACUGAAUGAUCUUCACAUCAAGCUUCCCUCAGCUCCUACUCUUCACUGUGAUAAUGUGUCUGCACUUGCUUUAGCUUCCAACCCUAUACACAACUCCAAGGUCAAGCAUGUUGAGGUUGACAUCCAUUUCACUCGGGAAAAAGUGGCUCGAGGUGAACUCGCUCUCCAAUUUGUUCCUUUUGUGCACUAGCUUGCUGAUAUUCUAACCAAGGGACUUGAUUCACCUUAGUUCAAGUAUCUGUGUGGCAACCUCAUGCUGGGUUCCCAGCAUAAGGUUGAGGGGGGAUGUAGACUAUAUGAGAUUAAUGAUUGUAGUCAAGGUCAAGGUCAAUCAUCUUAGUCAAGAAACUCAACUAAUCUUACACUUGACAAAUGUCCUAAGCUGAUUGGUGACCAAGAAAUGGAUGUU